AACAUUUAUACCGUUUAAAUCGGUUGCCGCUCACUGACUUACAUAAGUUUAUGUUUGUUGUGGCAUGUUUCCACACCCAGACACCUUGGUGUUGGUCUGCUUUUGCUUGCAGGCAAGUUUACCGGCUUAGGAAUCUUUCAUAAUAAAAUUUUCUGAGUCUGCAAGGUUUCAAUCUUUGCAAGUGCUUAACCAUGGAGCGAGCAUGGGACGCGGUGUGGGAAAGUCUUGGCAUAUUUAAGAACGAAAGUCAUUCUGACGAUUUCGAUAAUCGACAAGAUUUGAAACAAAGGUUACACAUCCUGGCGUAUUUGCCUAUCUUUGCCAUUGGAAUAUUCUUUUCAAGAAAAAUAUACGAAAGAACUGUGGCGAUUCCAUUCUGCAAAUUCGUGAUGUUAUCAGAUGGAUCGGAGAGAAAACCAGCAUCAAGAAAUCCCACUUUAGAGACCUUUUUUCUGAAAGUAUCCAAACGUCCAUCAAAUGAUCAAUUGGAUGGAUUAGUGAAGCAAACGGACUUGUCUAUUGCAUUUAUAAGGACAUGGUUCAGAAGGAAGAGAAAUUCGAAUCGGCCUACAGACCAGAAAAAAUUUUGUGAAGCCAGCUGGAGAUUUUUAUUUUACACCUGUUUAUUCACAUAUGGAAUGAGUACUCUAUGGGAGUCCUCAUGGUUCUGGGACAAUCAAUUAUGUUGGGAAAACUUUGGACGUCAGGUGCUGGAUCAUCAGACACAAGUUUACUACAUGCUUGAAUGCAGCUUUUAUUUAUCUUUGUUAUUCUCCAUCAUGACGGACAUUAAAAGAAAGGAUUUUUUUGAACAAUUGAUUCAUCAUGCAGCCACUUUAUUUCUCAUUGUAUUUUCAUACAUUGUAACAUUUGUUCGAAUCGGAACUCUCGUCAUGGCGAUUCAUGAUAUUUCUGACAUCUUUCUUGAACUCGGAAAAUGUUUCCAUUACAUCAAACGAAGAACUCUAGCAGAUGCGACUUUUGUUGUAUUCGCUAUUGUGUUUCUCAUAUCGAGACUUGUCAUCUAUCCAUUUUGGGUGAUCCACACUUCUGCAAUCAAAAGCUUGGAAGUUACACGCCUGGGUUUUGUCUAUUAUUUUUUCAACAUUCUCCUGGUUAUUUUACUCUGCUUGCACAUAUUCUGGGCAUCAAUUAUUAUCAAGAUGGCUUGUAAAAUGAUUGCAAAAGGAGAGGUUGAAAAGGAUGAUCGAAGUGAUACAGAGGAGGAUGACACAGACGAUGAGUCUACUGAAGAAAAGAAGUAUAUCUAGCUCAACUGUUUAAAUACAAAUGAAAUCUUGUUUAGAAAUGAUUAUUUAUUUUUAGAAGUGAUUUUUACAUAGUGUAUUACCCUGUGUCAACUUUCCACUCGUUAACAUUUGACAGUGAUUUUGAAUGAUUGAAGACUUAUUGAUAGAAUUUUGUCAGAAUUGUAUUUGUUCACAAUAAAAUUGUAUCUUCAUUGUAUAUCGAGAAGGUACUCGUUACUUCGAUUACAAUCUCAGUUACUGUAACAAUUUUUAUGCAAAUUAAUAUUAAGCUUGCUUGGUUUAAUUGUUUUUUUAAAAUGGCUUUUUUUAAUUGUGUGAUAUUAAAUAUUCUAUUAUUGUACAAAUCAAUAGUAUCAUAUUUUACUGCACAUUAUUACAUGAUAAAAUGAAGCUUCCGCUUUUGGGGUGCAUUGUUUUCUAUAUAUUAAUUAACUAGUAUGUUUGUAUUUUUAUAUAAUUGACCUAAAUCAAGUGUUAUCAAAAUUUGUUUUUAGCUGUAGAUAAAAGCUACUGAAAAUAUUUUUAAACCAUAUUUAGUAUUUUUGUACUAUUCUGACCAUGUCUUGUCAUUGUUGCCAUUGUUUUGUUGCCAAGUUUUUCAUCUGAUUGGCAUAUUUAUUGAUGUUUUGUUUUUUUAAUCUGUGUUAUUUUUUGUAGUGUUUUGUGGGUGUGAUUAAUUUAUAUAGAAAUGAAAUAAAAUAACAAUUUAUUGAGUUGGAA